UUCUUGCAGGAAAAAGUGACCAUUUUGGUAACUGUGAUGGAUGGGUGUGUUAAGUAAAUACAGUAUUUGCUUGUACGUAAAGGUAUUUCUGGCAUGUAUCAGGCAACAGCGUAUCUACAUUGCUUCUUCAUCAGAAUCUUUUCCUAACUGGAGAUCUAUACUGUCACCCACACGGCCUUCCACAGAAACUAAGACUUCCUCAGUAGCUGAUAUUUCUAUGGGACAGACUUUGGAGAAUGCAAACUUGCUUCAGAUGAUAAGAACAACACUGACUGGCACACGUACCAGAACUUUGGAUCAAACUAACCUGUCACCCACCCUUUAUCAAGGCAGUGGAAAUAGUGCAUCCCAGGAACCUGCUGAAGUUUCUGCCGAGUCAUCUCUGAGGUCGUCAUCUCAAGAUGCAGAUGAAACAGCUGGUGAAUCAGGUUUGCCUCAACUCAGUAUGUUUGCCACAUUGUCCACUACACCAUCAAUGACACAUUUGAGCACAGCUGUGCCAUUCCAGCUAAUACCAUUAGAAACACCCUCCAUUUCAAAAGAAAGCACAUCAGGACUAGACAUGCUUGCUGCUGUUCCAUCACCAUCAUUUUCUUCAUUGGCAAUACAGUCACCUCAUACCAUUAACUUUUCUAAAUCAGCUGUACUGGCCUUCAAAGUUCCUUUGUCUGCAGAGCCUGAAAGUUCCUUCAACACAGAUACAACCAGCUCUCAGGUUAGUGAAAGCAGAAAUAGUCCUUUAGGCAUGGUCACUGAUGUAAAUUCCAGUAUGGUGAAUCAAAGAAAGGGUCCUGAGUUGUUUAUGGGUACCAUGUCUUUCAAUCUCUCUGGAUUGUCAACAGUGCAUUUUACAAAAACAGCGGAAAAAGAGUUUCCUUCAGAAAGGACCUCUUUUUUAUCUGUAUACUCUGAUACACCUGUGUCAAAAAUAUUGUACCAGUCUUACAUGCCAGUAACUUCCAGAAGUGUGUCACGGUUUCCAAAUGAAAGUAUGCAUAAUGCAUCUCCUACUGGAGUAAAACCUAAUAAUCAGCCCUUUAAUUCACUGUUGAUUGACAGAAAUAAUGAUAUCACCCCUCUGUCAUCACCAGUCUUUCAGAAUAAAGCAGAGGUUCUUGCAUCGUUCUUCCGUCCUGUGGGUACUCCACAUACAAUGCCUCAAAUGAGUCACCUUCAGUCUUCCACAGCACUGACUAAUUGCACUACAGCCUCUGCCAGUGCACCUUUUGUGUCAUCCCAGAGCCUGGCUGAGGUCUCCAGCUCAACAGAGAGCAUUUUUUCCCAUUUGUUGCCAAAAUCACUUAUUCCUGAUGCGAAGCACGCUCACAAUGCAGUGCUGCCAGUACGAGUAUUUAGAAGUGAAACAGCUUUUCUUUUUAGAAAUGCAACACACUCCUCUUCCACAAGCACAAGGUCUCCCUUGCUAACUGAGACAAAUGAGACCUUUGCUAGGUUAGCACACACAAACAGUCCAGGCAGAGCAGCAGCCAGUGAGGCUGUUUUGCAAAUCCCUUUGCCUGCUUCCUCACAGCGCUCAGUGGUGGCUCUCAGUCAGACCUUUGCAGAAGACCUCACUAAUGGAGCUUAUGAAUCAAGUGGCACGCUGUUGCCAACUGCUUCUGCACAUGCUCUCCCACAUUCUGGUGGCUCUCCCUUAACAAGAACAGGUCAACAGUUUUUCAAAACUGCAAAAAUGUCCACAUACGUUACUGCUGAUAUCGUUCUGUCUUAUGGAUCUCAGCUUUCCAAAGUUUCUCCAGAUACCCAAAUCGGUAACCUCUCCAAAGGAUCAAAGACACUGGGCACUGUUUUGGACACAGAAAUGACUAGUCCUGGUCUAGCUGCAGUGUCAUUAAUUACUGCCAUUGGAGGCCUUUCAAAAACUGAACUUACUCUGAGGAAUCCAUCUGCUGCUACUGUCUCUGUGACUGCACAUCUUCCACCUGUUAAUGCAGAAAAUCUAGACAUACCUGCACAUGAAGACAUAAGUAUGAGAGUACCCACUGUUGUAACCCCACAUACAGAAUAUUCACCACCAAGAACUUCAAAUCAUUCUGAUUUUCCCCCUGGCCAGACUCCACGUUCAGUUGCUACAAAGCACCUCACCUUUGUUGUGCCUUCAGUGUGGCGUAGCCUGCCAUCAUUUGUUUCCACGACAACAAGGAGAGACAGCCGGAGCUCAUUUUUUUCUGGGAUUUCAAGUGCCACCUUGGAAAGUAAUUUAGAUCCCAUCAACACUCCCAAAGUCUCAGCUUCAGCUUCGACAUGGACCAAGACAGCGUUGUUGUCCUCAGAUGUCAUUAACAUUUCUUUGGUAAAAACUUCUGUCAAACCAGCGGUAAGAGAAGUUCCUCCAAGUACUUCUCCAUUGGAAACUGAGGAUCGUGAACUGGAUUCGGUUGUUUCAGGUCUGCAAAAGAAAAUGAGUACAAAUAAGCAACCGCUUUCCUCUGCCCUUUCAGCAAACCACACACAUGCGAUGUCUAGUCAAAGUGGUUCAGAUUUACCCUUCACUGGAGCAAAGACGACCAGUGUUCCAGUACUUGAUAGAGAUGUGUUUUUACUGAAAACAUCCUCUGUCCAGUAUUCACCCCGUGCUACCACUUUGACAGUACCCACCACCUUGCAAAAAAAGCAUGGAAACAUGGCUGAAAACAUGACUGAUUUCUUCACCACUGGGGACAAUAAUACCAGUACUCGGUAUGAAGCACCACUCCAGUUACAUGUGCCUUAUGUUAAUGAUACAGGUGUUUUUCCUAGCUCUCUAGAAUCGCAAACAACUGGUGCUGGAAAGGUUACUGUACUGAGAAAAACCUUGAGCACAACACCAACGGUGGCUUUUCAGCUCACUGACAACUCGACUUUUUUGGCCAGCUAUGAAAUCAGUGCUGCCGACAGCGUGAUGCCAAGCAAGCCUCCUCUUCCUGUAACUGAGCCUUUUAACUCAACCCUCUUACAGAGUUUUGGUACAGAAGAAGAAAUCAGUUCUGGAAACUUGCCAGAAUUUCUUGAUAACCAAUUAGAGUCCUCUGGUUAUUUGGUUGUGGCUGAGAAAAUUCCGGCUACAUUUAGUGUGGAGGAGCGGGACACAAAUGCUACAAGGCAUAGUCUAGUUCCCUUUAGUGUAUCUGUUAAAGCUACCAAGGGCAUGCCAUUGCAACCCCCUACCAUCAGUCCUCUGCAGUCAGUCAUCAUAACUUCUGUCCAUCCAUCACCAACACAACUAACUUCUGCUUUUUUGUCAACAACCAACUUUACCCAUUCUGUCAUUACAGUGUUAUCUGGAGUGUCUUCUGGUGCACUACCUACAGUAGGAACUUCAGAAGCAAAUCCACUAACAAGAAAAUCAUCUCCAGCUUCACCAGUGCCAGCUUCUUCCUUCUUUUCGCUAGGCACUGAGAACACACCUUUGCCAUCUGUGAUGGCUUUAAACACUCCAGUACUGACACUAACAAAAAAUAACACUGCCACAAAAUUGACCUCAGUUCUAAGCUCGGUAGGAGUACAUGCAGAUCUUCCUUUUGCAACAGGAAACACAGCCGCAUCACCUGUGGACAUGACAGCUAUGUUUAUAACCCCUAAAAGUAGCACUGCCAUAGCUUCCACGCUUGCACCCACAGCACACGUCCCAAGACAGAUAAAAACAACAGUCACUGACAGCCAGAAAUUCCCAAGCUCAGAAAUCACCAAAGCGUCAACCCCAUAUCCACUGACAAUUACAGCAGCUUUGACAUCUAUUACAGCAUCAGCGAAAACAACUAGGCUUCCCCCUACUCGAAUGGAAAACACUUCUGCUCCUCCAGAAACAACAGCAGCAGUGGCUUUCGCUAACAUGACAGCACCUCCUCCCCUGGAUUGCCGCCUCUCCUGGAACCUUAUGGUUAAAACAGUUCUGUUUCUGAACACAAGGAGGAUGAUGAUCAGCAGAUCCUUCAAGGAGAGCGUGACAAAGGGACUCAACCAAGUGCUGAGACAAGCUUUCAACCAAAAUGUCAGCGCUCAGGUUGAAAUCCUGGAGCAAUCGAAUAAUGUCACAGUUGGUUACUACGUUACGUGGGGGAGACUGGUUUUUAUACCAGCUGCUGUAAUCGAAAGGCUUAUUGCCUAUGGGAUCAGCAAUGCCACGGCAGACAUAAAGCAGCACGUGCUGCAUCUUCAGUCCAUCGCAACCCUGGCCGCGCCAUGGAAGCCACUCCCUGCGUACCACUUCCAGCUGAAGACAGAGCUGCAGUUUGUGGGUCAAACAGACAAUAUACAGUCAUGCAAAUUUGUUCAGACAAUGGAGCAACGGUUACAGAGAGCAUUUCAGGAUGCUGAAAGAAAGGUUUGGAACACCAGCAACAACCUAACAGUUCAGAUUUUGAAUACCUCCAAUGUCUCCCAAGCUGUCACUCUGUUCUAUGUGGUGAGAAAUCAAAGCACAACUUUAAAUGGCACCACUUCCAGCAACCUUCUUAAUCAGCUGUCAGCUGAGCUAGUGGGUUUCUAUCUAACCUACCCACCUCUCACCAUUGCAGAAUCUUUGGAGUAUCCCAACCUUGAUGUCUCAGAGUCAACUAGAGACUACUGGGUGAUCACAGUUAUACAAGGGGUUGAUAUUGCAUUACUGGGACUGAACAAUCAGAGCUUUGCAAGACUGAUGGAGCAGCGCCUGGCCCCACUGUUCAUGAUGUCCCAUCAGCAAGGAAGACGAUUUAAACGUGCCACUACUGUGGGCAGCUACACUGUGCAGAUGGUUAAAAUCCAACGAAUUCCAGGACCCAAGGAGCCAGCUGAACUGACGUACUAUACUUUAUAUAAUGGCAAACCUUUGCUGGGCACUGCAGCUGCCAAAAUUUUGAGUACUGUUGACUCCCAGCGGAUGGCCUUGACGUUAGGUUAUGUGAUUCAAGUUCAAGCUGAUCCUGUGGUGAAGAACCCACCAAACAACCUGUGGAUCAUUGCAGCAGUGCUGGCUCCCAUCGCUGUGGUUACAGUUAUCAUCAUUAUCAUUACGGCAGUUCUGUGCAGAAAAAACAAGAAUGACUUCAAACCGGAUACCAUGAUGAACCUGCCUCAAAGAGCUAAACCAGUACAAAGCUUCGACUACGCCAAACAACACUUAGGUCAGCAGGGAGCUGAAGAUGAAGUUUUGCCUGUAACUCAGGAGACUGUCGUACUUCCACUUGCAGUGAGAGAUGCUCCUGCCUCCCAGGAGAGAGAAAUUACUCAGGAUGGGAGCACCAUUAAAACUGCCCAAUCCAACGAAACAAGGAAAAGCCGGUCCCCGAGUCAGAACGGCUCCAUCAUCAGCAACGAGUCGGGAAAGCCCAGCUCCAGCCGGAGCUCCCCGCAGAAAGUAAUGGCACCGCAAAAAGUGACAAAAGACGAAGGAAGGAAAAGAAACGGUUGUAAAUCUUCAAAGAAAAUUGUGCCUAUCAGCGAUGAAGAGGAAGGAGGCAUUCUCUUUGAUAACAUUGCCAAAUCUGCCAUUGACCCCUUUGACACCUCUUCUGGAUCAGUACAGCUGAUAGCUAUCAAACCCGUGGCACUACCUGCUGUUCACGCUGCGUCAGAUAGGAGCCAGGAAUCUGCCAUCAUUAAUGGAGAGGUGAACAAGGCUUUGAAGCAGAAGUCCGAUAUAGAACAUUACCGCAACAAGCUGCGCUUGAAAGCCAAGAGGAAGGGGUACUAUGAUUUCCCGCAGGUUGAUAACAACAAGGGGCUGACAGACAGAAAAAGGAUGUAUGAAAAAAAGCAGAAAGAAAUCGACCACAUUUUGGAUCCAGAUCCAGAUGGAUCAUCUCCGUUUGCUGAGCCUAAGAACAGGCAACAGAUGAAGAACUCUGUAUACAGAAGCAGGCAGUCUUUGAACAGUCCUAGCCCAGGAGAAACUGAGAUGGAUCUUCUAGUGACUCGAGAAAGACCUAGGCGUGGAAUCCGCAACAGUGGAUAUGAUACUGAGCCCGAAAUUAUAGAAGAAACAAAUGUUGACCGUGUCAAUGAGCCUCGGAGCUACACCAGGUCCCGUCAGGCCAAAGGUCAUUCUGAGACCUCAACUUUAAGUUCUCAGCCCUCCAUUGAUGAGGUUCGACAACAGAUGCAUAUGCUCUUGGAAGAGGCUUUCAGCCUGGCCUCUGCGGGCCACGGAGGACAGAGCAGGCAGGAGGCCUACAGCUCAGCACCACACUUGCCCUACUCAGAGGUGGUGACCAGCGCUCCUGGUACCAUGACCCGACCUAGAGGGGGUGUGCAGUGGGUACCCACAUACAGACCAGAAAUGUAUCAGUACAGUCUACCAAGACCAGCUUACAGAUUUUCUCAGCUUCCUGAGAUGGUAAUGGGAUCUCCUCCUCCUCCUGUCCCUCCCAGAACCGGUCCUGUGGCGGUUGCCUCUCUCAGGAGGUCUACAUCAGAUAUUGGCAGCAAAGUGAGAAUACCAGAGUCCAGUGGGGUGGAUCAGGCCCAGCAUCAUGAUCAGGCAUCUUUUGCACCUGGUUCAAGAGCUCCAAUGUCUGUUGGCCCACUUGAUCAAUCAGCUUUUCACUCAGGAAAUACAGUACCAGCAGUGUUUGCCAUACCAGCAGCAAACCGACCCGGCUUCACAGGCUAUUUUAUCCCAACGCCACCCACCGCAUACAGGAAUCAAGCCUGGAUGCCCUAUGCUGGAGAGAAUGAAUUACCGGGACAGUGGGCAGACUCAGUUCCACUGCCUGGCUACAUUGAAGCCUACCCAAGGCCCCGCUACCAACACAAUUCUCCUUCACGACUGCCUCGCCAAUACAGCCAGCCAGCAAGCAUGCAUCCCAGCCUGGAACAAGGUCCUUUGCCGUCUGCCACAGCUUCUCAGCAGAGCCUGACAGAAAACGACCCGUCCGAUGCUCCUCUCACCAACAUUUCUACAGCUGCCCUUGUAAAGGCAAUAAGAGAAGAAGUUGCUAAACUGGCCAAGAAGCAAACAGAUAUGUUUGAGUUCCAGGUCUAGUAUCUUUUGUGCACAGUAGUUGUAUCAUAUAAUUUGGAGUAGCCAAGAAAGUGAUCACUUUAAUUUUCACUUACAAACUUGCUGUGAAUUGUGCCAAAGUGAUGGCAUUUUUCUCCAUAUGAAAAGUCAACACUAUGAAAUCACUUAACGUAGAGCAACAGGACUCUGCAGAUAUGCAUUCUGCUUGCCAGCUAAGGAAAUGCUGCCAGGUAACUGUUCCAUACAGAUAAUAUAGACCAUAUGCAAUUGUUAGUCACUUAGCACUUGUACUAUGACCCAUCGUCACUAGAGAUGCUGCUGAACAUGUCUGUGACACGGUGUUUCAUUUGCAGGCCCAAAGGUAGAGCUGCUGAAAAUAACUUCUGCAUGUCAAAACUUUAUUUCUUUGGUUAAAGAAGAAAACACAGUAGAAUACAGAAAGCUAAAGGCCAUGGUAGGUGUGGUGGUUGGUGGCCAUGUUAAUUGUUGCGGGACAUUGUACAAGGAAUGUUGAUUUCAUCAACACGGACUCACUCAGUGUUUUCAUUCUAGAGACUGUAUUUAAACCAAAAGAAUCUGAGAUGAGUGAUACACAUAAAUGUCCUGUAAAUACCCCCAAUUCUCCUCAUCCUAUUAACAGUACAAAGAAGUGAAAGAAGAGAAGACAGAAGGAGGUUAAUGAUAUUUUGAUAAUUGGUGGCUACCUUGUCCAUGAAUGCCACUGAUGAGUUAUGGAGGAGAAUUUUCAGUGUGAGACAGCACAAUGCAUGAAGAGCUAACAAAGGAAAUUGGUGCUAGAAGCUUCCAGGAGAAAUAAAAAAAGGUUAUUUGUGUUUGCUCUAUAUUCAGGCUUUUCACUCUCCAUGGAUGUGAAGCUGGUAAACCUGAGACCUUUGAGCAAGUAUUUCCAACCUGGAAUAAUGAAUACGCCUGCUUGUACAAGACAGCCUCUGUUUAACACAGUGCUUUUUUCUCUUUCUUAAACAACGAUAUCUACUGAAGUGCUACAUGAAGCCACAGUUGAUCUUGAAAUGGAACAGUGAAUACACACCUAGGAAGUUCUGAAUGUAGAGGACCUGAUCAUAUAUUAACAUGUAAAUAAGUAAACGGUUAAAUGGAUUAAUGAAAAUACUAAUGUGCUGUGAAAAAGAGAGCAUUUCCAGAAGUGAUGCUGACUUUAUGUUGUUCAAGAUAAAGGUCACUAAUUGUUAAACUGCAUUAUUGUAUGAAUCCAAACCCAAAAGAGAAUCAAACCAGUUGAAUGGGACACUAGUUUGUCUUUUGCAGUUGUACAGAAUAGUUGGAGAUCAUGAACAAUUGUUUUCAGUUCCUUUGGCAGUUAGCUUUGGGAACUGAAGUUGUUGCAAAAUACAUUGUGUUGGGCAUGUUUGAUGUCAACUGGAGUUAAAGGUAAUGUCCUUCAUUUCAGUAAGCUAUCCUCAAUUAUGUAUGCUAUUUUGUCUGUUCAUUUCCUUUUCUUGAGUUUCUUUGGUCUUUAUUAGGGUGAGAAAGGGAACUUGGUUUAGCUUUUUGGCCAGCAGUAACAUGAAAGGAGGAAAGAGGAGACUAGAAUAGGGGAAAGAAGAAGCAAUUGAUGAAGCACAAACUUUUGAAACAGAGCUAUUUUUUCCCCAAAAUAAUUAUAUCAUAAACCCUGAGAUUGUGAUAUGUAGUUAUCCUAGAGUAUACAGAUAUCUUCUGCUCUGAGACCUUAGAUAUUGCAGAAGCUUUUGGAAUGCUAACUGAUCUUUAAAUGAAUGUGAAGUUUCAUUUUUAUUAUUUAAAAAUCAGAUAUAAAUAAAAUGUAUUUUUGUAAUCUCAAUGUAUAUAUGUGCUGUAUAUUUAUAUACGUGACUAAUCUGCUAUAGUCAAAACAUUUCCAUAAAUUAAGUGAAAAGAAAAAGAAAAAAAACACUAAUAAUUUUAAUGAUCAAUAUGAACAUGCUGUGUCUGGAAUACACAAAUGGUGGCUUGGAUACUAAACAACCAAAGAAACUCAAUCUUUCAUAUCUAUAUAAGUCUACUAAAGGCAGACUGCUAAGUUACCUGUCAGCUAACUAACACUGAUCUUAUCGGUGUAAUACAAUACAUCGAAAUGUCUUUUUGCAUUAAUAGCUGCCUAAAAAUGUUGCAUUUAAAAUUCACAGCUUAAAAGAUACCAGGCCAAACUCAGCGUGCCAUAAAAAUAUAAGUUCUGUUUGGCUUCAGUGGGAACUCAACUCACUGAGAGCAAGGCUGAAUCUCUAUAUUAGGUUUCAUCCAUCCAUACAAGUUUCACUAGAAUCAUGCAAACAAUAUUGUGCUUAUUUUUCAGUUGGUGUAUUUAAAUCACUGUAACAUAAGUGCAGACAUAAUUUAAGAGCAGCUUAAUUUUAUUUAGCCCAAGCUGUUUCAUAACUGGCUUAAGCUAACUUGGUAAGUUAAAUCUUCAUUUAGUCAGCUGCCUUUUGCAUCAGCUUUAUUAACUUACUUUUUGAAUGAUUGUUGUUAUUCCAGAAAAAUUUUGUAUGUAGAUAGGGCCUUCUAUGCAAUGGGAGUGAAAUGCCCUCUGAAAUAAAUUUCUGUAUUUUAGACACAAGUUUUGCAGGGUUAUCCUAAAGCUGCAAGAGCAGAAGCAGCAGCAGUCAUGCAGACAGGAGUGCUGAAGCAAUGUAUCUGAGAAAGGUCAUGUUACUACGUAUUCCCAAAAGAGUCACAGGAGGUAGGAUGUAUCAGAUUUAAACGGCAUCUUUGGGACACUCAGCUCUGCUUGUAAAUCUAUUCCCAUUCUUAAACUUAAGAGAUUUAACCGUUCUAUCAAAAAAAUGUGUGAGGGUGAAGCCAAGCAUGAUAUCUUGCCAUACUGCAAAUUUAAAAAGUUUGAAAAUUACAUAUAUGGUAUAGGGUUGGGAUACCUGCAUGCAAACAAAAUGAACAAAAUAGAAAAACAAAACAAACAAGAACAACAAAACAAACAAAGAACCAUUUAAAUUGCCUUCUAGAAGGACAACCAUUUCAGUAAAGUUAAACAAAGUACUCUUCGUACGACUGAGGAAGACCUGUUAGACUUUAAAACUGCAUUUUGUUUGAUAUUGUAUUGGUGAUGUGCAGUCUACUGAAUAUUCCCUGAAUCAUCACUCUGAAACCAUUGUGGUACACUUUAUUCACAAAGGUAUUUUACAUUCUUCAUUCAUAAUGGCUUUUUAUCUUGUUUGUAAUGUUUCUAUAUUUUUUUUAAGUACAAAGUAAGAUUAUAUCUAGACAGUAAGGACAUUCCUGAGAAAGAAAAAUCCAUGCUGUAAUAUUUAUAUUGUCUGAGCACAAAGCAAUGAAAAAGUGAAAAUAUAGUGUACAAAUAAUUUGUAAAAUAAUAAACAUUUUGUAUGGCUACAAUUACAAUAUAGUUUUUCAAUAUUGAUUUCAAAGCAGAAAGUUUACCUGUUUAAAGUUACGACAUCAUCAGAAUGUAUUGAUGUCACUUACUCCAAUAACAACUUAAGGCUUUUCUAGUAAAUGCCCCAAUUUUCUUUAAAUUGUUGCUAAUGUUAGGAUGAAAAAAACUCUUUUCUGUGUACAGAAACGUUGAUUUUCUGACUGACAUUUGUCUUCAGAUUUGUAAAUCAUUAAUAGAAACAUGGGCAAAUGAAACACAUGUAAAAUUACUUCUCGGUAGGUGUGUAAUGACCAUUCUCAGUAGGUAUACAUAGCGUGUGUGAUGUUUUAUUAACAUUACUAAAAGAGUAACUUUAAGAUGAUAAGAGGAUGUUCUUUGACAGUCAUUUCUGGAGAAAAAUGUAUCUGGAAUUGUGAGGAGCUGUAACGCUGUAGAAAUAUGAUUAUUAUUUUUUAAUCUAAUAAUAUCCUAGAUAGAACUUGAUAGAAAUGCAUGUAAAUCCUAUAUAGAAAUGGGAAAAUUAUCAUAAGUAAUGAUCAUUUCUUUUUCAGACUAACUUUGAAAAGGGGAGACAUGGAGAACAGAAAAUGUAAGAUAAUACUAUGAAGCAAGUAGAGAGCAGCAUUGGAUUCUAUGGCAGAACUGACGUGAGGCCUCUGUCUUGUUUAAGGGGUGAUAUAUACAAAACUAACUGCAAUUUUUGGGAACAUUUCAAGAUGUCUGUAAAGAAUGAAUUAAACUUGAAUGUAUUUUUUCAGUCCUGCAUUGUAAAUACAAGAGCUAAAUGCUUGCUUCUAAAAGUCUGAGGGAACUUGAAAGCAAUGAUAGUUUUCUGAGCUAGCGUGAGAAGCUGCUUUGUUUUGCUGACCUCACACUACCUAUCCACGUGUGAGCAGCUCCAAGUACGGUGUCCAAGGUUUCUGUAAAUCAGUGACGGUCUUGACCUUAUAUUUCUUGUCCAAAAAAAAAAAAUCUCAGUGGCUUCCCAUACCUUGUUGACAUGCAAUUGGAUAGGAAGACAACCAGUGUGAGAUAGUAAGAAGGACGUUAACGGGUCAGAACUACCCUAACAGUCCAGAAGCCAAGCAUCUUCUGAUGCUUGCUAAGCUAUACCUAGUAAAAAAUGGUUGUUUAAAGCAGCUGUCCUUGGAAAGGUGCAUUGCUUUCACUGUUAAUGAUGGAUAUGUAUUAAUUAAAACUCAGUCCAAAUACAAGACUGUAUCAAUUACUGCUUCCACUCCAUUGUGCAAGCCAUGUGUGUACUCUGUGUAGCUCCACAUGAGAAAGUGGCAAAAUGAGCAUGACAGCUUUCCACAGUUACUUAGAGUAAUCUCAAGUUGUAUGUCAUUUUAUAUAUAUUUUACCAUUUGGAAAAAAAAAAAAAGUUCAGACACUAUCCUCGUAUAUUAAUACUAUUAGCCUUUUUUUUUUUUUUUUUUUUUUAAUGGGCUUUGUGAAAAAGAGGAAAGUUUGGUCUGCAAAGACAGGACUGCCUACUUGUCUCUGCUACUGCCUUCUCAGUCUGCUAUCCUAUCUGAUGGAUCAGAUCUUUCCUCUCUCCACUUAACUCUACUUCUACAAGGGUACAAAUACACAGGGUUUUUUUUUGAGUAAGUCAUGUAUAAUUUUGAAAAUAAGUAUAUGGGGGUAAAUAACAUCUCUGUGACCUCUCCAGAUGCAUUACUGGUCUGCUGAGCAAUUUUUUCAACACAGUGUGCAUUGACAGAGAAAUGAAUCAGCUCAAGCCUGUUUACUAUCAAGUUAUUUAUACAUAUACUGUAGAUUUUGUAACAGGUCUAUGUAGAAUCAGUAUGGCAAAUGGUUACUUAAACUUUCUAUGCUAGACUUUCUUUUCAUGGGUUAAUGUUUUGAACAUAACUCCAGGACUGUGUAAGAUUAUGUUGCUUAUCAAAACACUUUAAAGUGUAGGCAUGCAAAAUGAGGAUGAGUACUCAUUGAGAAUGCAUUUAUGAACUGUUGCCUUUCUCUUGUAAAUAAAUAAUGUAAAAAUUUA